ACAUCUCCUUGCCUCUCUUGCUUAGAUGCUAGAGACAUGGUCCCCAAGUGGUUAAUAUCGGACCCACUUGCCAUGCAGUCACAUUUAAGUAAUAGGCCAAUCAAUAUAUCGGGAGGGGUAGACCCCAAUAGAUUAUAUAUAUGAAGUGAGAGAGUGAUGAAGUUUGUUCUGAUUGAGAGGGGGAAAAUAUGGAAGCAGCAAGAAAGAGAGAAGACAACAGAGCUCAUGUUUUAGUUCUUCCUUAUCCAACCCAAGGUCACAUAAACCCUUUACUCCAACUCUCAAAGCGCUUGGCCUCCAAAGGCCUCAUCCCCACUUUUGCAGUCACCGUCUUCAUCUCCAAAACCAUGCAACUCCACACUCCUAUUAUUCGAUUCGACACAAUCUCCGAUGGCUACGAUGAUGGUGGCUUCGCCCAUGCCAAAAGCAUCGAUGACUAUAUUUCUCAAUUCGAAGCUGAGGGCUCCAAAACCCUAGCUGAACUCAUCAAGAAACAAGAAAGCACCUUCGGCCACCCCUUCAGCUGCAUCAUAUAUGACUCUUUCAUGCCUUGGGCUUUGGACGUGGCAAAGAGAUUUGGGUUAGCAGCUGCUGCUUUCUUCACUCAACCUUGUUUUGUUAACUACACAUAUUACUAUGCCCAUACUGGGGUUUUGAGUCUCCCAGCCUCUUCUUCGCGUGUGUUGCUUCCUGGGUUGCCAGAGCUUGAUGCUUCGGACAUGCCAUCGCUACUUUACGCGCCAAGUUCAUAUCCAUCAUACUUUAAAAUGGUGUUCGGCCAGUACUCCAACAUAGAGAAAGCUGAUUAUGUUCUUGUCAACACAUUCUACGAGUUGGAGGAGGAGGUGGUGGAUUCAAUGUCAAAAAUCAGUCCACUAAUGACAAUUGGACCAACAGUUCCAUCUUUCUACUUGGACAAUAGGGUCCAAAAUGACUCUGACUAUGAUCUCAACCUCUUCAACUUAGAUCCUGAUUCUUGUAUCCAUUGGCUGCACACGAAACCAAAAGACUCUGUUGUAUAUGUAGCAUUUGGUAGCCUGGCUGCUCUGGGAAAAGAACAAAUGGAAGAGCUAGCAUGGGGUUUGAAGAGAAGCAAUUCUUACUUCUUGUGGGUAGUUAGAAAAUCCGAGGAGGAAAAACUCCCUGAAAACUUCAUUGUAGAGACAUCCGAAAAGGGGCUCCUUGUGAAUUGGAGUCCGCAGUUGAAGGUGCUUUCGAGCCCUGCUGUAGGAUGCUUUUUCACACAUUGCGGGUGGAACUCAACCAUGGAGGCCCUGAGCCUUGGUGUGCCAAUGGUGGGAAUGCCACAAUGGACAGAUCAACCGACAAACGCAAAGUUCAUCGCGGAUGUUUGGAAUGUGGGGGUUAGAGUCCAGGUUGAUAAGGAGAGUGGGAUUGUUGGGAGAGAGGAGGUGGAGAGGUGUAUUAGGGAGGUGAUGGAAGGGGAGAGUGGACAGGAGAUGAGGAAGAAUGCUGAGAUAUGGAGGGAUUUGACCAAGGAAGCUGUUAGUGAAGGUGGGAGUUCUGAUAAGAACAUCAAUGAAUUUGUAUCCAAAAUAUUGGGUUCCUAGAUAGCUAGAUAGACGUUUGAACAGGACCCAUUUACCAUAUCCGUACCAAUAGGUUAUGUUGAUGAAUUAAUUUGUAAUUUGAGUGUCAUCUCAAUUUGGCAUUUGGGCACCAGUGAACUUUUGAUAUGGUGAAACUAGCAUAUAUGCUUGUCUUGUUAUUGGUCUGCAAGUCGGUUAAUGAGUAAGAUAUCAAUUUAUUCUUUUUUU